AUGGGAUUUGAUACUGCUUACAGAGAGUCCUUUAUCCAAUGGGCUAUAGACCAGGGAGUGGAAAUCAACAAAUUUGUCACUAUAAAAGAGUCCCAAACUGGAGGUACUGGUGUUUUCUUCAAAGUGCAAGAAUUUGUUCAAGAGAAUGGUAAAAUCGAUGAGGAUGAUCAGAUUGUGUUAAUGAGAAUACCUAAAAAGAACACGAUGUCUUUGGAUUCUAUUGCUACAGAUUUGUUAGAACCUCAAUUGGCUUAUGAUGCGGAUGCUCCAAAGGACUAUAUCAAACAAUCUGAUGUUUUUAAACAAUUCUUAGCUGAUUUAAGUAGGAAUUUUCAAGAAGGUAUUGAUCCAUAUUUUAGAGGUGGUCUAAAUGAAACAAAUAUUUUGGUUGGUGAAAUACAGAUAUUGACUAUCCUUAAAAAGCUCAGAGAUCAAUUGUAUGAAGCUCCAAGUACAACGGAACAUUACAAAGAUUUUUUGAAAAAAUCACCAUUUGCAAAGUUUGAUAGAUAUUUAGAUUUACUUUAUAAAACAGAAGUCAAUUCAUUGAAAUUAGAUACAUACUAUGAAGUUUACAAAACACAAUUUAAAUAUAAUCAAAGAGAAUAUAGAUUUCUAAUCGAAAAGGCUAAAAAUUUGGCUAUUUUCAGUUCAUUGCUUUCAAUUAAAGAAGAUUUGGGCUUCAGCCUUGAAAACUAUAUUGAUACUAAAUUCUUACAAAAAAUCGAAAUCUCAGUUAUUUCAAGAAUCUUGGAAAUACCGGAACCUUAUGAAGAUCAAGAGCAUAAUGCAUCUCCAAGAGAAAAUCGCUCAAAUCCUUCAUCUGAAGAAUCUGAAGAAGCAGAAGUGCAACAUGAAUCCGAUGGAUAUGUGGAAGAUGAUGAAGAUGAUGGUGAAGAACAAUAUGGCUUUUCAGUUGCCUCAACGAUGGUUCCAAUUAUUGAUUUUGUGAAUCAUAGUAACGAUCAGGUUAAUGCUAAAUUUGACGUGGAUGUCAAAAACGGAGAUGUGUUAUUGAAAUAUGAUAAUGAAGCUGAAAUAACAGAUGAAGAAAUAGAAUUGUUCAUUACAUAUUCUGAAUAUGAAGAUGUUUUCAAUUUCAUAAAUGCUUAUGGAUUCAUUCCUAAAAGUUCUAAAACUAAUCCAGUUUAUGAACAUGCAAUUGAUAGAGAUUAUUUAUCAAGUUAUGAAAUAGAAAAUGAGGUUGAUGGUGUUAACUAUAAACACAAUGUUGCAAACUUAUUGAAAUGGGUUGGUCAAGCUCCAAAUAUUCAAUUCGUCUUGACUUAUGAUGGUGAUGAAGUAAAAGAUGUUAAAUUGAAUUUAGAUCAAAAUUUCAUAAUUUUUGGAUUCUCUAAAGGUCUAACAUACCAUCCAGAUAGAGCCUUAGAGAUCAUAAAAGAAACACAUGGUGAAAAUACCACAAAUGAUAUUGCUAAAGAGAUUUUGCAAUUGGAAGAAAGUCCACAUAGUGAUUUAGUUGAAUGUAAUGGUCAAACACCAUAUACCCUCAGACAGGUUGAUGAAAAUGUUGAUUUAUGGACCAUAAUUGAAAACACACCAGAUGAGGAAGUUGAUGAGUUGAUGAUUGAAUUUAUUAAAUUCUUGCUACCAUAUUUCAAAUAUCGUAUAAAGGAAUUGGAUAAUGGUUUGUUAUUGAAAGCUAAAAAUUUCAAAUCAAUUAUUGUUCAAUUUGCAGUUUUUGAAAGAGAGAUCUUGAAGAAAUUCCUUGAAAUAGCCCAAGAAAAGGAAACUGAAGAAGAUUUAAUGGAUUUUAUUAUUGGUGCUGAUGAAAUUGAUACUGAAUGGUUAAAGUAUAGAUUGAAUCCAAGAUACAUUUCUCACUCAAAGAAAUUGGAAAUUCAAAAUAGACAUUUGGUAUCAGCAUUCCACCAAUUGGGAGUCGAUACAGAUUAA